UAAAACUGAAAAUAAACAAUAACUCACCGAAACCGAGACGACGAUUCCUCACCUAAACUACUGCAUUUGGCUUCGAUCACACAGAGAGAUCACAACAAGCCCUUCACCAUGCAAAAUCAUGAGGAGUCUGGAGCGUCUUGUGAGUUUGAAGAUUGGGGAAAUUUCGGAGACGAAGAUAUCAUGAACCAGCAAUCCGAAAUUCGGGCCGAAGAAGCCCAGAAGGUUCCUUUCGUUGCCGACAAGGAACCUCUUUCUGCAUUAGCAUCUGAGUAUCAAUCAGGCAGCCCGAUCUUGUUGGAGAAAAUAAAGAUGCUUGGUGAGCAGUAUGCUGCCAUUAGGCGUACACGAGGAGAUGGGAACUGCUUCUUUCGAAGUUUUAUGUUCUCCUAUCUUGAGUACAUUCUGGAAUCCCAAGAUCGAGCAGAAGUUGAUCGUGUAAAAGCCAAUGUUGAAGAAUGUAGAAAAACGCUUCAGAGCUUAGGUUAUGCAGAUUUUACCUUUGAGGACUUUUUUGCGUUAUUCCUUGAGCAGCUGGAAAGCGUUCUUCAAGGAAAUGAAUCCUCCAUUAGUCACGAUGAACUUGUAAUUAGAAGUAGAGAUCAGUCAGUAUCUGACUAUGUUGUAAUGUUUUUCAGAUUUGUUACCUCUGGUGAAAUACGAAAGCGCUCCGAGUUCUUUGAACCUUUCGUACUGGGUUUAACAAACGCAACAGUGGAACAGUUUUGCAAGUCAUCAGUGGAACCAAUGGGUGAAGAGAGUGAUCAUGUACACAUUACUGCCCUUUCAGAUGCAUUAAGUGUACCUAUCCGUGUUGUAUAUCUUGAUCGCAGCUCAUGUGAUACAGCUGGUGUCAGUGUGAAUCAUCAUGAUUUCAUUCCUUCUGGUAAUCUUCCAAAGGCUGCAAGUGGUAGCACUGAGGCCAUCAGCCCUUUCAUUACCUUGCUGUAUCGUCCCGGCCAUUAUGACAUUCUCUACCCAAAGUGAUGCCCCCUCUGGUUAUGACUUUCAACAAUGGCCUGUGAAAGAUUCUCACGGAGAUACAGUGUUGACGUAACAAACUAAGCUUCAUCGUUCUUCAAGUAACUUGAGGUUCUAAACUGUUACAUGCUUUGAUCAGUGUGUGAGGACAUAAACGCACUUGUAGCUUUUUAUUCAGAAUUGCUCCUGAUGAGCAAGUCCUCACCUGUUAUUCAUGUGAAAUUGAAUGGUUGAAGAAAGGACUGUCAAUCCUGCAGUAUAUUCUCAGAUACAAAUGUGGUCUUUCUUUUCGUUUCU